GCAGCAUAUCAGUGCCACACGACACUUUACCUACUCAAUCUUGGAACUCUAUAUAAUACACCCCUUUUUUAUUUCUUGCAACCUACCUCCCUGCUAACCUUCCAACCCUCGCACAACAAGAUUUGCCAAUCCGAUAAUAUACUCGACGUUUAUACUCCCCGAUUCCCGCAUAUAGGCAUCAAUCGCAUUAUGUCUAGACGCCCCCCCAACCCGGCCGCUGAGAGGGCCGCCCAAAACCAGCAAACCAUUAAGAGUCUACUGAAGUUGGAAUCCAACAAGAUAUGCGCCGAUUGCAAACGAAACAAACAUCCGCGAUGGGCGAGUUGGAACUUGGGCGUCUUUAUCUGCAUUCGCUGCUCAGGAAUCCACCGAGGAAUGGGAACCCACAUAUCGAGAGUGAAGUCCGUCGACCUAGACUCCUGGACUGACGAACAACUACAAAGUAUUCUAAGCUGGGGCAAUGCGCGCGCCAAUAAAUACUGGGAAUCGAAGCUGGCUGCUGGCCACGUACCGUCCGAGGCUAAGAUCGAGAACUUCAUUAGAACCAAAUACGAACUGAAGCGAUGGGUGAUGGAUGGACCUAUGCCUGAUCCUGCAACCUUGGAUGUAGAUGGCGACGAUGAUGUUCCACUAAGCAUCGUAAAAGAGAAGCAGAGUAUAGACAGGAAAGAGUCAAUUCGGAAAAGCUCAGUUGGGCAGCAAGCAGCACCGCGCAAGAUAGCUUCGCCAGCCCCGCAAGCAGACCUCAUCGGUGGUGACGAUAUUCCUCCGAGGGCAAGCACUGCCGGACCUGCAUCGUCGCAAGUUCCCCCUAAAUCGGCUCCUGCUCCUCCAAAAGCUGUGAACCCUAAAGAUUCACUUCUGGGCUUAGAUUUCUUGGGCGAAGCACCUGCUGCUCCACCUCGUCCCGCAAGUACGAAUAAUGCCGGUGGUAUUGGUGGCCAGUCGAGACCCGAUCUCAAGCAAUCCAUCCUAUCUCUAUAUGCCUCCGCCCCUAGACCCCAACCACCUCAGCAACCGUCGCAUUCUUCUUCUGGGUCAUUUGGUGGGUUUGGUGCCAUGCAAUCUCCAUUGCAAUCUCCUACAAUGGGACAUCAGCCCCAAAAGUCAAAUAGUGGAGGGCUUGACGACGCUUUUGCUAGUUUGAGUUUCGGAAAUGUGACCGCGCAGAAAAGUCCUCCAAAAGACGCUUUCGCAGGCUUAUCGAAUAUGUCUAGCAACCGGUCUACUCCUCAACCGGCGACUUCGUCAUUCUCAAGCUUGAGUGGAGGCAGCUUUUUUGAUCCUAAGCCCGCUCAACCAGCGACCCAACCGCAGUCGAAACCCCCGAUGACAACAUCCGAUAGCUUUGGUGCGUUUAGCACAUCUUCUAUCUCGCCAAAGCCAGCCCAGUCAUCCUCGGCUGCCCUUGGCGACCUGUUUGACUGGUCUAGUCCCGCUCAGCCGGCCGCCGCGCCAACGCCAGCUAAGCCGACUCCCGCACCGUCAUCAACCACCGAUUCCAUCUUCAACCUUUCAACCCCUCAACCUAAGCCAGCUCCAGUAGCAGCGCCCGCUACGAACACCACUCCCUCUUUCAACGCAGCAGCACUCGGCGGCUCGGACGUCUGGGGAAAUGCAUGGAGCAAUCCUGAAUCCACUCCUGCCCCAGUUUCGAAGAGCCCAUUGGCAACCCAAACUUCUACAAUAAGCAGUAGCAAUGAUUUUGGCGCCUGGGGCAGCAGCGGAGGCUCUUUCGCUAGUCAGAGCCUAGUACCCGGUGCUUCUGGGGGGUUUACUGCAGCACCAAAGGUAGCGGCAGAUGAAGAAUUUGGUGGUUGGACCAGUAGUACUGGUACUUCUAACAACAACGGAGGAUCGAAGCCCAGUGGUGGAUUCGGGAGCGAAGAUCUAUUCUCUAACGUUUGGCAGUAAGUGGUCUUACGAACGCAACAAGGUUAUCAGGUCUCAAUAGGAUAGGGUUUUUCAACCCAUGGAAAUUGAAUUGUAGACAGGACACAUAGGCAUGACUUCUCGCUAUGCAUAGUCUCUUCAAGCCGAUUACCAAGGCUCAAUGUCAAAUACACUAACACAUAAGAUCCAUCAAUACAAAUUCGUGGGUCUAUUCAAUUGUAAAUCGUCCAUUUCGUAUAAACAAGGCUAAAUCCAUAACGCCUACGCUAUGCCAGGGAAUUGCUAAGCCCCCAAAUAAAGAGCAGAACUUGGUUUGCUUCCCCUCUUGCUAGAGCGACUGCUGAUACUAUCGAGGCAUGUGAGCCC